AUGGAGAGGGACUCGAAAAUGUUAGGACUCGAGGACCGCCGAAUCCUCGAAAUAUUACGAGAAAAACACCCCGAGGUGUUUCUAAACAUCAAGCGGGAGGUCGCGUCUAGCGUGGCCCCCCCGUCCCACCCGUCGCGCGCGGCUUCACCGUGCGCCGCGAUUACCCCACCCGUAGCGGCGACACCUAGGUCGCCGAGUCCCCUUUCGCGCGCUGCCUCCGACGCCGCUUCCAUCCACAACGCCGUCUGCGUUCCCCCAACCCCUCCCUCCGCCGAGCAUUCGGACUCUCCUAUGUCCGAAUGCAAUUCUUCUUCCUCAUCGUCUGAUUCGGACGAUUCAUUCAAAACCGUCACCGGUAAGCGCAAGAAGAAGCGCUCCGCCCCUCAGGCCCUUCAGGCCUCUCCGCCCGCGAAGCGCAUUCUAGCGCCCGUCGCGCCCUCUUCCGGCCCUAAGCCGUUGAUGUCGCUCGUUAUCGAGCCCCCGUCCCCUUCGGUGGAGCCUCCGACUCCAUCCGUCGCGUCCCAGCGAGGACCAAAGCUCCCGCCACCCGUCGUCAUCCGCGACAAGGCCGUGUGGACUUCGGUCUCCGCUAGGUGCAUUCACAGUAUCCUAGACUAUAAUCGUAAGCAGAUCAAUUAUAAGGCUGGCCAGGCGCCAAGAGAAGCCGAUUUUAUUAAAAAACUAACAGUAUUGUUAACAUCUGUUGUACUGCGCUAUGAAUUUGUAUUUGGCAGCCCCGGGUAG